AUGACGACAGAGGUAACUGAAUGGUGCCGCCAAUGCCCGAACUGCUGCCUGCGGAAGGGAGGGGCCGGCGUUACCAGAGCCCCAUUGGUAAAUAUAUCCACGUCUUAUCCUCUUGAAUUGGUGAUGAUGGACUAUCUGACGCUACAGCGUUCAUCGGGAGGGUAUGAGAAUGUGCUGGUCAUCACAGACCACUUUACCAAACUAGCCGUAGCAGUCCCAACACGUGACCAGACAGCACGCACUACAGCCUAUGCGUUCUGGAAACACUUUGUGAUGGUGUAUGGUUACCCCCAGCGAGUGCACACGGACCAGGGAGCGAACUUCAUGUCCAAACUAAUGAAGGAAAUGUGCAUUCUAUAUGGAGCAGCAAAGAGUAACACCACUCCCUACCAUCCACAGGGAAACGGCUUGUGUGAAAGAUUUAACAGGACAUUGAUCGGAAUGGUUUCUGCCCUCAAUGAAGCGAAGAAAGCCAACUGGGCCCAGUUUCUUGGAGAACUGAUUUUCUCCUACAACAAUACCAUUCAUCGGUCCACUGGAUAUACACCAUUCUUCUUGAUGUUCGGUCGGCAUGGCCGAAUUCCCCUACACUUCAGUACUCCCUCCCUAAUGGUGGACCAAACGCCACCAUUAUCGACAGAAUGGGCGAAGGAUCACUGCUCGAAGCUGAAGUUCGUCCACAAGUUAGCCCAAGGGAGUGCAGCCCAGGCAGCAGAUCGACAAAAGAUGCUGUACGACAGAAAAGCAAAAGAGGUACCACUAGCAGAUGGUGAACGAGUUCUUCUUCGCAACCAUAACCCAAGGAAGGAUAAGAAGAUCGGUCCCUUUUGGAAACCAAACCCAUACAUCAUAGUCUCACAGCCCAACCCCGAUAAUCCUGUCUACUGUAUCAAGCCAGAAAGAGGAGAAGUUAGUGCACAGAAAUUAAUUGAAGCCCUGUUGCUUUGA